AUGCCUCCAUCUACGAUUAUCCAGUCGAAUGCCCGCAUUGCCCGACCUAGCUUCCUUUCUUUGCCGCUUGAGCUACGACUUGAGAUUUACGAAUACUACCUAUACAGUAGUUAUCAUGGAGAAAUCGACGACAAUAGCAUGAUUAUUCCGUGGGAUGGCUUGGAAGCAAUCAGACUCCUCGAAGUCUGCAAGCAAGUGUACCAAGAAGCAUCACCCAUUGUGUACCAGAAAAUGACCAUAAACUGUAACCUAAGCGAUUGGGCACAUUUCCUCAGAAAGAUCGGUCCGCAUAAUAUCUCGAAGGUCCGACAUUUGAUAAUCAAUUAUUCCUGCGAGGUGGACGAGGAAGCUCCAUGUUUCGGCGUGAGGGGAUGGAACAAGAAUCCUUGGGAGGACAUCUUUGAACUUCUGAAGGCCACACAGCUCAGUUCAAAUCUCAAUACUUUGACCUUGAAUCUGGACACUUGUUCUGGUUUUGGGAAAUACAUCCUGCCUUAUCCGCCUAAACGGAUCAGGUAUACGAAUUGCCGUGCUUACAAAGACCUUCGUAUCCUCCAACACGUGUCUCAGUUUAACAACCUCCGAGAGAUAAUCCUCGAAAACCGAGUUGACCCUCUUUGGGGCAUAUUCCUCCGAAAAAGGCUGGGCUUCAUCUCCAAGCGACAUGAAGGAUGGAAGGAAAUACUACUCAACCCCAAGUAUCAUGACCCAAAGAUCAGUCCCCGGGGAUAUACGAAAUCGGAGCGGCUUGAUGAUGUCUACGACGAGAUCAUCGAGCCUAGAAUUUAUGAAAUAGAUCCGGACGCUGAAUCCAACGAGCCAUGGGUCAACCGGGUACAGGGCGAUGACGAUUAUCCCGGAUUAGGGACUGGAGAAUGGUAA